GUAAUGCAUGAUAACGACAGAAGAAGAAGAAGAAGAAGAAGAAGAAGAAGAAGAAGAAGAAGAAGAAGAAGAAGAAGAAGAAGAAGAAGAAGAAGAAGAAGAAGAAGAAGAAGAAGAAGAAGAAGAAGAAGAAGAAGAAGAAGAAGAAGAAGAAGAAGAAGAAGAAGAAGAAGAAGAAGAAGAAGAAGAAGCCUCCAUGCUUAAAUCAAGCACCGGAGUUCUAAUCGCUUCAACAUGCUGAUAAACUCAGAACAGGAGGCACUGAUUGGACGGGUGUUUGAAACCUAUCUGACAGAACAUCAUCAUGGUGACAUUCUUCAGCUUAUUGCAGAUGCUAAUGAGGAGACCCAUCACCCUGUCCUUGUCAAUGCAAUGACAUUGUUUGAAACAAAUAUGGAGGUUGGAGACUAUUUCAACGCCUAUCCGAACGAUGUCCUGGCUAUAUUUGAUAAAGUGUUACAAAGAACAGCGAUGGACUUGUCACAGAAUGCUUCUCGCAAGCACUUCGAAGGACAAAGAACAAAGGAGCACCGAAUGAGAAACACACUUCAUGCUCGCAUUACAGGUUUACCAGUUUGUCCAGAACUGACAAGAGAGACCAUUCCCAGGUCAAGAGACGUAGGGCAUUUUUUGUCUGUCACUGGUACUAUCAUACGUACCAGUGUUGCAAAGGUUCUGGAAUUUGAGCGUGAUUACAUGUGUGGCCAGUGUCGACAUGUUUUCUCGAUGCAGGCAGAUUUUGACCAGUUCUAUGCCUCAGUCCCACCUGUGAACUGCCCUAAUCCUGAUGGCUGUAGUUCAUACAAAUUCAGCUGUCUGUCAGGAGGAUCUGAGCCUUCAGCCUGCAAGGACUAUCAGGAGAUCAAGAUACAAGAACAAGUGCAGAGGCUGUCAGUGGGCAGUAUUCCUCGUUCUAUGGUGGUAGUUCUUGAGGAUGACCUGGUCGACAGUUGUAAAUCCGGAGAUGACGUGACCGUCUAUGGAGUAAUGUGCCAACGCUGGAAGCCCUUAUAUGAGGGCACUCGCAGUGAUGUGGAGAUGGUCCUCAAAGCUAACAAUAUAGAAGUAAACAACAAGCAGACUGCUUCUGCACUGCUCAUGAAGGAUGUUCUGCAAGAAUUUGCUGUUUUCUGGGAUAAUUACAAACAUGAUCCCAUAGCUGGUAGAAACCAGAUCUUGUUGAGCCUGUGCCCACAGGUAUUUGGCAUGUAUGUGAUUAAACUGGCAGUGGCCAUGGUGUUGGCUGGCGGAGUGCAGAGGAUAGAUUCUUCUGGUACCAAGAUCAGGGGUGAGUGUCAUAUGCUGCUGGUUGGUGACCCAGGAACAGGGAAGUCUCAAUUCCUGAAGUAUGCUGCUAAGAUCAUGCCUCGUUCUGUACUCACAGCUGGCAUCGGCUCAACAAGUGCAGGACUGACGGUUGCAGCAGUGAAGGAUGGAGGUGAUUGGCACCUGGAGGCAGGAGCUCUGGUCCUGUCAGAUGGUGGUUUGUGCUGCAUCGAUGAAUUCAACAGCAUCAAGGAACAUGACCGCAUCAGCAUUCAUGAAGCUAUGGAGCAACAGUCUAUAAGUGUGGCCAAAGCUGGUAUGGUUUGUAAGCUGAACACUCGCUGCACCAUCCUGGCAGCUACCAACCCUAAAGGCCAGUACAAUCCAAAUGAGCCACUGUCUGUGAAUGUAGCUCUGGCCAGUCCUCUGCUGAGUCGUUUUGACCUGGUCCUUGUUCUGCUGGACACCAGAAAUGCAGAGUGGGACCACACUAUCUCCUCUUUUAUUCUGGAGGACAGAGAACUGGCUGCUGAGUCUUCCAGCCUGUGGCCCAUGGACAAAAUGAAGGCUUACUUCUGUGCGAUUAAACGCCUGCAGCCACAGGUGUCUGACGAGGCCAACAGCAUCCUGACACGUUAUUACCAGCUGCAGAGACAAAGUGAUGGCCGCAAUGCUGCUCGCACCACCAUCCGCAUGCUGGAGAGUCUAAGCCGACUGGCUGAAGCACAUGCCAGGCUUAUGUACAGAGAGACAGUGACCAUAGAGGAUGCUGUCAUGGCUGUCUCUGUCAUGGAGUGCUCAAUGCAGGGCGGUGCUCUGCUAGGUAAUGUAAAUGCACUUCUGACCUCAUUCCCUGAGGACCCUGGUCAGCAGUAUGAAGCUCAGUCUCAGGUACUACUGGAAGGGCUGAACCUGCCACUGCUCCUUCAGAAGGAGAUGGAUAGACUGGCCAGGGUAACAAGCUACACCUCAAAUGCCUCCAAGUGUGAUUCACAUACUGCUUAUUACCAGCGUCACCCCAGGGACACUAAACCCCACAACCAAACACACGUCCAUGGCAUGACCAGUGUCUACAAGGGGGAUGCCACGGUGGAGAGUGGCUUGGACUGGUUCCACUCCAUCACUUCAUCAGGGUCACCAGAUGAUUUGACCCCAACAUUAACAUCAACUCAAGAAAACCUGAACAGAAAACUAAACUCGAUGGGGGCAGAAACAACUACUGCAAUUAAACAACCAACCUGUCAAAUUGAGGAGGACUAUCAAAAAAACAUAGGCUCAACAUUGACCCAUGAAGGAACUGUUACCACUGCAUCCAAAGAAGAAAACGAAAAAACUGAGAAAAAUGAAUACAUCAAAGAAAAAAGCUCAGUUUGCCAAGAGGUACAUCAGCCUGAAAGACAGAAAGAUGAACAACAUUCAGAGUUAUUGGGGUGUGUAUUUCAGAGGGUCUCCAAGAAUCUGAGAGACAGAAGACUCGGAGAGCAUCAGUCAAAUAAUCUGCAGUGUAACAAAGUGGAUGGACGGGGACAUGUAGACAGUGUGGUGUUCUCAGACAGUAAAGGUAAAAAUGUGAAUCAUGUUUUCAAUGCGAAUCCAGAUUCUCAGAGAAGCACCAUAAUGUCAUUAGGUAAAAAUCUGCCUUCUUAUUACCUAAUGCAGAAGAAUCAGUCCUGUGGCAAACGAAGGAGAUUUGAGAAAGAAGACAAAAUAAAUCAGACUGAGACUAAGAACAUCUGCACUGCGCAAGGGGAAAAUAUUUCAUCUGAAGCUGACAAAACUAAAGUUAUCUUUCAAACUGAAGAUAACUUGGGCAGCAGAGGUCUCCAUGACUACACAGGCAGCAGAAUAGGUAAACAGAAAUUAGUUGGGCAUGAUGAGUUAGCCCGACCACCUACAGACACAGAGAAGAUUGAAAGAAAGAAAAAACUGAAUAAGUUCCAAAGUCUUGUGCAAGGUAGGUGCAGUAGAAAAAGUGAGGUGGCUGAGUGUUGGUCUGAAGAUAGUACUUGUUUCACAUCAGUCGAGCUGGAUAGGAAUGUUUUUUCUUUGGGAAUGGAAAUAUCUGCCCAAGGCAAAAGUGUUGGUCGAAUUAAGGACAGUAAUGAUUCAGAAAAUCUGUGUCAGCAACAAAGAACCAGAGACAACAAUAGUGAUAUGACUAUAGAAGAUGACUUUACUGGCAGCCUACAUUUAAAUACAAGCGCUCAAUUCAACGAUUCCACACCAUUCCAUCCAGGCCACACAAAGUCCACUAUACCCUCUUCAACUCUUGCUAAACUCUCAAGAUUCUCUUUCACCUGCACAACUAAACCCACGACUACUGCUCCAAUGCAAGUGGAAAUAAAUCCUCCAACUGAAGAGGAACAUUUUUUUUUAAAAAGAAAGCAAGGCAGAGAGUCACCAACAAAUUUUGAAGCAAAGCAGAGAGAGACGGUACAUUCUGCAAAGACAGUGAUGAAUGGUGAUCUUGAGUAUGAAAGCACAGUCAAUUUGAAGAAGAGAAGGUGUUUUAAGAUGGGCCCUCCACCAAGUAUUGUUAAUGAUUCCAAAGGUGCAUUCUCUGGACUGUCCCUGUUUGACUCGGUUGAGAUUAACAAUGACGUUCUUGACACUGACUGGGACCAAGAGGUUUCAAACCGAGGCAACCUUUGAAAUCAUAGGCCCAUGUCAAAAUGGGUUAGGACAAUAGUAAUUUGCUCUGAUUUAGUUACUUUCCUUACCCUGAAAAUAAACUUCUUCAAUUGUUCCAGAAGUGUAGGUGUUCAUCCUGCUGUUGUAUUUCAUCUCUAAGAAUAUUUGUAAUGUUCUGACCCAUGAGUGCUCAAUAGUCAUUAAACCGCUUCCUUAUAGACCUGAAAGGUGUAAUGACAAAAUAUGUCCUCAAACAAAUGCACAAAUAGUACUCAACAGGCAGACACAGCAACUCUACAUGAAAUCAGCUCCACCGUGACAGCUGGAAAAAACAUAAAUGGGACAAUAUCUGAUGUAGGAAUACAUUUGAGUUAAGAGUAAUCAUCCAGGAGAAGCCUGUUUUAUGUUAACAUUUAGGUUAAAAGUAGUGUAGUGCCCUUUCUAAACCUGUCUGUUCGGAAUGGGCAGUUCAUUUAAUCUUUGGUAAUGCUUUCGAUUUUUCCCUUAAACAUUUAAAUAAUACACCAUUGUUUUUUAUUUUUUGUGUGCAGAGCUUUUUAGAAACAGUCUAUUGUGCAGUUAAGUUUGAAAACUUUGUUUUUGUCCUGCCAAUUUGAUUGUCAAUAUUUUCUAUUAAAUUUAACUGAAUUUUCUUUA